AUGUGCUGCCUGGGGGGCAGUGCACGCACCAGCCCAGCACCCUGGGAAGCUGGGUGCAGGCCCUUCCGGGCAGCCGCCUUCUCCAGGGUCCCACAGCAGCCCUGCCCGCUUCACUUUCAGGUUUCUCGCAGUGCCUUCCUGCUCCUCUCUGCUUCCCCAUCCUGUCAGUUUUCCAUUUUCCUGUUCCUUCCUGGCUGGUGGCAGUGGGGGCUGUGCCCAGUGGGCCCCGUGGAGAUGCUCAGUGCUUGGAAUCGCCGGGACCGGCCCCCUGAAGAGGGGGCAGCUUCGGGGCUCGAGGGCUUCACCGUGGACAAGACGUUCUUCUCAUCCCUCAAAGGCAUCCUGCUGGAAACUGAGUUGGCCCUGACCUUCAUCAUCUUCGUCUGUUUCACGGCCUCCAUCUCCGCCUACAUGGCUGCUGCGCUAUUGGAGUUCUUCAUCACGCUAGCCUUCCUCUUCCUCUACGCCACCCAGUACUACCAGCGCUUCGAUCGGCUGAACUGGCCCUGUCUGGACUUCCUCCGCUGUGUCAGCGCCAGCAUCAUCUUCCUGGUGGUCUCCUUUGCGGCUGUGACCUCCCGGGAUGGAGCUGCCAUUGCUGCUUUUGUUUUUGGCAUCAUCCUGGUUUCCGUCUUUGCCUACGAUGCCUUCAAGAUCUACCGGACUGAGAUGGCGCCCAGGGCCACCCAGGGUGAGUGCCCCUGCUCUGGGGAGAGGAGAUGUCCCCUCCACCCCCUGCCCCAGCUACCCCACCCUGCCAUGCCCUACCCCACCUGGCUCCAUCUUCACAGGAGACCAGUAGUGAUACUGGGGUUACCUGGCUCCUGA